AUGUCUCGACAACUUCUACAUCGCGGCCUCGCCGAAACAGGCCUCCUAGCCCUCAGCAGAUGCCACCCCGACAUCAAGCUUCUAUGCCUCCAGCGCUUCGUGCGUAUGUUCGCCUACGGCGCAACGACCCUGCAGCUAGUAGCCUACUUUGAACUCCUCGGGUUCACGGCGACGCGAAUAGGCCUGUUCAUGGCAUUCACUCUCGUCGGAGACGUCUGUAUCAGUCUCGUGUUGACUUCCAUCGCCGAUGGCGUCGGGCGGAAGGCGGUAUUGGCUGCGGGCGCGGCUUUGAUGGCUGUUAGUGGUGUUGUUUUUGCGACGUGUAGUGGGUUUCGGGUGUUGUUGGCUGCUUCUGUGGUGGGAGUUAUCAGUCCAAGUGGCGCUGAGAUUGGGCCUUUCCGCGCCGUGGAGGAGAGUAUCGUCGCGCAUUUGACCACUGCAGAGGAUAGAAGCGACGUCUAUGCUUGGUACAGCCUCAUGGGCGCCGCUGGGACUGCGUUCGGUGCAAUGACGAGCGGCUGGACUGCGCACUACUUGACGGCCACUGCAGGCUGGGAACUCGAGGCGGCGUAUCGCGUAGUCUUCUACGGAUAUGCAGCGCUGGGCGUGUUCAAGUUCUUUCUUGCACUGCUCCUGGGCCGUGAUAUCGAGGCUGAGCGGGACGAAGGUGGCGUCUCUGAGGAGGAAACCGCCCCCAUUUUGGGCGAGCGGUCGGUUGAGAGAGAAGUAGAGGCCAAGACUUGGCGAUCGAAGCUUGUUCCGAAGAUUGCGAGGGAGAGUAUGCCUGUGGUCGUCACGCUGUGUUUCUUCUUUGCGCUCGAUUCUUUUGCCUCGAGCUUGACUACCCAGUCCUGGAUCGCCUUCUUCUUCCGUUGGAAAUUCAACGUGGACGACGGAACUCUGGGGUCUCUGUUCUUCACCACAAGUCUCUUGGCCGCGGCCACAACUCUAGCAAUGGUCUUCACCCACCUCCCCUCAACAAUCUUCACAGCACUCGUCCCUCUCCCGCGAGACGCCAACACGGCCAUCGUCUUCCUGAUCCUCCGCGCCCUGACGCAUUCCAUGGACGUCGCGGCGAGGGCCGCUUUCCUCGCGGGCUUAAUCUUGCCCAAAGAACGCACUACUGUGCUGGGCCUCAUCAACGUCUUGAAAACGUGCGUUUCGAGCGUUGGUCCCGUGGGAGUUGGGAUCUUGGUGUAUAGGAAUCUGUUCUGGGUUGCUUUUGUGGGCGCCGGAUGUCUCAAGGUUGUUUAUGAUCUCGGGAUGUUGGUUUCUUUCCGCAAGCAUGAACGGGAGCAGCGUGAUGGAGAGGCCGGGGGUGCUUAG